AAAUAUUUAAUCUAAAUAAAUAAAUAAAGGUCAUUUGUCUUUUUGUUUCGAGACUGUCACUUGGGAAGAAAAUGGCGGCUCCAUAGUUACGGUGUACGCCAACACUAUGUAGGAAGGAGGUAAUCGUUUUUUUUUUUUAUCCAACUAUCACAAACAUGGCUGACAAAAUCAACCAGACAUGAUAAAGGAUGAAACUUAAAGAAGAUGCCAGUAGGAGUUAUGCAUUUAUUCCCAAGAUCAGUGAAACAAGUAGAAAAAUUGCAAACCGUCGUUUGAAAACUUUAGAUUCAAAUGUUCCCCAUUUUAUGCGAGACAUAAAAUGCAGAACGCUUGAACCAUUGGCACCCAUUCCAACAAAUUUAGAUAAAAGUGCAAAUUUUGGAGAGAAAGAGGAAGAUUCAAACGAUCACAACACAUCAAGUGAAAGUUGUUUAUCUCCAAAUCCAACGGAGAAAAACGUAAACAAACCGUCUAUUUACAACUUACGAACGGGAAAAAUGACAGCGAAAUCGGAUGUGUAUUUAGAUGAUAAUAUAUUUACUUUUCGUCCUAAAGUCAGUACUGCAAGCCAGAAAAUUGUUCAAAAUCUUGGAACAGAUUUUAUGGCUAGACAGCAGCAGCAUUUAGAUCGCCAAAAGAGAAAUAUUGAACAAGCCUCCAUCCACUUCUCCACUUAUAAUGGCCGACUCUCUCCUGUCAGUAAACUCAGAAAAUACAAGAAAAUAAAGGAGGGAGUUGAAGAGGGGGAUCUCAAUAAUAACUCAACAGAAGAACCAUUAGAUGGGGUCAAAGGUCAAGGUCAAGAUGGGGAUUUGGAGAGCAGUGAUGGAAAAGACGACAACCGCAGCAAGAACGUGUCCCCGAGUCUACAGAGAAUCCUAGAUGGACCCUACGCUCAAAGUAACAACGAUAUGGUGCUAAAACGUCACAAAACCAGACUGGGCAAUAACCAGCACAAAGGGAAGGUCAUCUCAGAGCUUGAGGAUAAUAAAGAUAUUCCAAGACGGAGGGUUGCAGAAGAAGGGGUAACUAGUACUGAGACCCCCGAUAUUUCUGAUUCCCCGCAAAACUGCCACGGAGACCUGGAUGGCGACGUGGCCGAGUCCCUGUCCCGCAGUAAGACCAUGCCCUCCCUGGGACGGCCCAAAAUCUCACGGAAACUGACCAACAUUAACUCCAGUACAGAUCGUCUGAAGGCAGCAAAAGAACAGGCGGAAAAGGCCAUAAAGAACCGUAAAGUGUUCACGAUCCAUGGGAGUUAUAACAAGAAGCGUCGUAAAACAGCCGACGAUAGCGAUGAUGAUGACGAUGAUGACGACGAUGAUGAUGAUGAUGACGAUGAUGAUGAUGGUGAUAGCGAUAAUGAUCAGCCGAAGAUUCCACCAUGGGAGGAGGAUGAUGGGAUAUACGGAAUAAUGUCUCGGAUCGUGAGGAAUGUUAAUCCUACCUUUAUCUGGGUCUUGAAAAGAGAUAUUGUAGACUACAGGUUUCUAACCAAGGACCAGAUGGUUAACCACUACGUGAAGGCAGGCUCCUUUACCACAAAGGUUGGAUUGUGUAUCAACAUGAGAAAUGUUCCUUGGUUUGAUAAUUCUGAUCCAGACACCUUCUACCCACGAUGUUACCGUCUAAGUCACGAGGAGGAGAAAAAUUCCUUCAUUGAUGAUUAUAGGCUUACAAUGUGUGUUAAUAUUCUGAAGAUAAUAUCUAGUCAAUAUAAAGAUGAAAUUAUACCUGAGGAAAAUGAAAAUAAAGAUAAUGGGGAGGAAAAAAAAGAUACCGGGUCCGAAAAAACGGAUAAAAACGGAGACAAAAGUGAGAAAAGUGACUCAAACUCGGAUAAAAAGGAAGAAGACUUUGUGUGUACAAACCCCGAGUGUACUCGGUCUAAACCAGAUGUCUCCUCGGGGAAUGUGUGUGCUCACGCUAAAGAACGAUUAGAAAAGUCCGAGCAGAAAACACUGGAGUCUGAAAACAAGGAAAAUAAACCUAAAGAUAAAACGCCAGAGGUUAUCAGACCCACAGAAAGCGCUAAAACACCAGUAACAAGUCGUUCUGUAAAACAGAAGGGAGUGAAGAAAAAGAAGAAAGUGGUCGUCCCGAUCACGUGUUUGGAGAGAGCAAUGAAGCAGUGUGAUAAAUUUAUAGAGGAGAGAGGACAUGAUGAUAUAGAUGUUUUAAAUGAUCCACAUGAAUUAACACAACAACAAUGGGACGAAACUAUUAAGUGGUAUUAUCAGCUUGUAAAUGAUGGCGGCGUUAUAGCCAAUGUGUCAGGGAGUAUGUUAGCAGAAGUAGAUAGGCUUUUAUACAAUCUUAAACUCAAUAUGCCUCAGUUUGAUAUGGAUGGACAUAAGAAUAUCUGGAUUGUGAAACCAGGAGCUAAGUCCAGAGGAAGAGGAAUUGUAUGUUAUGAUAAAUUGGAGGACAUGUUGAAAUUAGUUAGUAGUCAAGUGGUACGCAAAGACAACAAAUAUGUUGUGCAAAAGUAUAUGGAGCGGCCCCUUCUGAUUUAUAACUGUAAGUUUGACAUCCGUCAGUGGUUCUUGGUGACAGACUGGAACCCUCUUACCAUCUGGUUUUACCAGGACAGCUACCUCAGGUUCUGUUCUCAGGAAUACACACUCGACGACUUCGAUGAGUCCAUUCAUCUGUCCAACAACGCCAUCCAGAAGUAUUAUAAGAACGGUCCUAGACACCCACUCCUGCCCUCACAAAACAUGUGGACUCAUGAACAGUUCCAGGACUACAUCAAGGGCCAGGGUCACGGUAAUACAUGGGAUGACCUGAUCUACCCCGGAAUGAAGAAAGCCAUUAUUUGUGCCUUAUUGUCUACACAAGAUGUCAUAGAAUACAGAAAGCCCUCCACAUUUAAGUCGUCGUUUGAAUUAUAUGGCGCUGAUUUCAUUCAUCGUUUGAAUUAUAUGGCGCUGAUUUCAUAUAACAUUGUUGAAGAAUAAUCCAGCCCCAGCAUGGAGAGUAGUACAGAGAUCACCCGGCGCAUGUGUACUAAUGUGUUAGAGGAUUCCAUCAAAGUGGUGGUGGAUAGGCGUUACGAUCGGAAUUGUGAUAUAGGGAGGUUUGAGCUGGCAUUCAAACAGCCUUUGGUGACUGUUCCCCCCUACAUAGGCACCAAUCUCUGUGUUGAGGGACAAACUGUGAGAAAACCAUUCGGCUUUAACAAUGUACGAAAGAGCCUGGAUAAUGAGGCCUACUUUUCUCCUCGGAAACCUCCAGCAUUUAGCACAGAGAGCAAAGAACUAAGCUUCAAGCCAGCACCACCCACUACCAAAAGACCUCAAAGUGAAAACUUCGAAGCAAGUCACAAGAAUACAAAUGCAUCCAAUAGUGCUCCAGCGAAGGGUAAGUCGGCGCCAGGCGAAAGUCAGGAUCAUCCGCACAAAUAUAACACACAAAAAAGGACUAGUCAUCACAAAUCACAAAAUGAACAAAACCAAGUCACACCGUCCUCUAGUCACUCUAGUUGUUACUCAGAAUCCAGCGGCCGAGCCAGCAAGGAGACAAAGGAGACACGCGAGAACAGCAAAGACUCGAAGGAAACCAGCAAGGAGAGCAAAGACAAGGACAACAAUAGUCAGGUCUCCACGUCCCAACCUCUGUCUUUCCCCAAGGCCGAGAAGUCAGGUUCUCUACCCAUCUCUAGCUGCAGUGCCUGGGCUGGUAAAAAGAUGGUCUCCAGUUCAUCUGUCUCUAACAACUACACGAUUCCCAACAUUGACAGACUCGAUCGUCCAACCUUAGCUGUCAAUAACGUCGAGUCGACUGAUCUUCAGACUAUUAAGCCAGCCAACCCGGCUCCUCCAUCAAUGUCGUUGGCCGGUGCUAUAACCAAAGGUUUGAGUCCGCUAAUCGAUGGUGCUUGGGGGCGUACCUGUGUCGAGUGUGGCAAUGGAAUGAAUUUACACCUUGAUAACAGCAAUCCGCAAUGCAAAUGUAAACUUGAUAGCCUUGUUAUUCCUCCAGGAUAUACCAGUAGCGAAUCCUACCGCGCGGCGCGGGGCUUCCCCACCAGACCAAAGAGCAGCUACUCGCCCCGCCCUCCCAGCGCUUCCACCUGCUCGCUUAAAUCGUCUGGAAGCCUGAACUCUGCUAGCAAUCUGAGUGGCAUGCAGACCACGCUUAGAGCUGAGAAGAUGGUCCUGCGUUAUACGGACGGUGGGAUAAAGCGGCCGGUGACGCCAGUUAGGUCGUCUGCUUCUAAUCCGCUGCCGAGGCUCGUGCGGCGGUACAUAGGGCGGCGCUCCAUACAGUGUCACGAGUUGCCGCUCGUGAACGCGUCGUCUGCUGUGUUUAUUGACACGUCACAAGUUCACAAUCCACUGUCUAUUACGUCACACGGAGUCACAAACAGAUGAAGGAUUACAAACUGUUGACAUAAUGCAUUGCCGUCUUUAGGAAGGUUUUAGAAAAUAAUUUUAUGACAAAGUGAAAUAUUUUCCAUUACAACAGGAAAAGUCGCCGGUACGACACCUUGCACACAGAUUUUUAUCACACUUUAUUCCUUUGAUCUGCUUAUUACAUUCUUCUAUUCAAUAGAACACUGCAUUAAUUUGUCUAACAUUAUUUUUACAAUAACAAUUCACUUUAUUUAAUACUAAUACAGUAGGGGAGGAAGAAAAUGGAACUUUUAUUGUUGUCAUGGAUAUUUUUGUUGCCCUUUUUAAAGCAGCUAGGUUGGAAUUUUUUUUUUAAACAAUUUUAAAUUAUAUUUGAAAUGUUUGAUAAAAAUAUCAAGGUAAAUAUUAGUUAAAUCCUUUACACUGAGGCUUGAUUCAUGAAUGAAAUACCGAAUGAUGGAAAUUUUUAGACCGAUGCAGAUAAGUAGACUUGUACAAACCCUGCUGCGUUUAAAGAACUGUCCCGUUUAUAAUUAUUAAAUAUUAAAAGCUGUGAUAUAAUGACACAUUUUUUAACCACGCUGUAUGCUUAAAUUUUAUAUAUUGCAUUUUAUAUUAUUUUUUAAUAAAUUUUAGAAAUAUUUUCAUUGAAUUGUUGCUUGUUAUAGACUUUAUUUGUUAUCUUUUUCAAGUGAUGUUUUAUUUAUUUGCUGUACACCUGUGAAAAGCAUUUACUUCUAUGUAUUGCACCACUUGUAGGUAAAGUGUGUGAAAUUGUUGUGAAAUCUAUAAUGUGUGAAAGGGUGAAUUUUAUAUAAGAUUAAGAAUGUAUGAGAAGCAGUAUUUGAUCAACUUGAAUUUAUUGAAUUCAAGGAAAAGAAAUUUAAGUUUUUGAAAAAAAAAAUUUUCUGAUGAUGUUUGCUCAUAUAAUGCUGUGAUAAUUCAUCAGAUGAACUAUUUUCAUAAAAAAGUAUCUAUUUUGUCCUUUUGUUUUUUAUUCAAUAAAUU